CACUCUACAGCAGCUGCCGCUCUCGCCGCCCGCGCCUCUAAGGUCUCACCGCUUCCUCAGCAGAGACCUGGGCUUGUCCGCCAUGUCCGCCACAGAAGAGGUUGACGGACUGGGCGUAUCCCGGCCACACUAUGGCUCUGUCCUGGAUAAUGAGAGACUUACUGCGGAGGAGAUGGAUGAAAGGAGACGUCAGAAUGUGGCUUACGAAUACCUUUGUCAUUUGGAAGAAGCAAAGAGGUGGAUGGAAGCAUGUCUUGGGGAAGAUCUGCCUCCCACCACAGAACUGGAGGAGGGGCUUAGGAAUGGGGUCUACCUUGCCAAGCUAGGAAACUUCUUCUCUCCCAGAGUGGUGUCCCUGAAGAAAAUCUACGAUCGAGAGCAGACCAGAUACAAGGCAACUGGCCUCCACUUCAGACACACCGAUAAUGUGAUUCAGUGGUUGAAUGCCAUGGACGAGAUUGGAUUGCCUAAGAUUUUUUACCCAGAAACUACAGACAUCUAUGAUCGAAAGAACAUGCCAAGAUGUAUCUAUUGUAUCCAUGCACUCAGUUUGUACCUGUUCAAACUAGGCCUGGCUCCUCAGAUUCAAGACCUGUAUGGAAAGGUUGACUUCACAGAAGAAGAAAUCAACAACAUGAAGAUUGAACUGGAGAAGUAUGGCAUCCAGAUGCCUGCCUUCAGCAAGAUCGGGGGCAUCCUGGCCAACGAGCUCUCCGUGGAUGAAGCCGCUUUACAUGCUGCCGUUAUUGCUAUAAACGAAGCUGUUGACCGUAGAAUUCCAGCUGACACUUUUGCAGCUUUGAAAAACCCCAAUGCAAUGCUUGUAAAUCUUGAAGAGCUCUUGGCUUCCACUUACCAGGAUGUACUGUACCAGGCCAAGCACGACAAAAUGACAAAUGCUAAAAACAAGACAGAAAACUCUGAGAGAGAGAGGGACGUCUAUGAGGAGCUUCUCACUCAAGCUGAAAUUCAAGGCAAUAUAAACAAAGUGAAUAUGUUUUCCGCGUUAGCGAAUGCAGACCUGGCUUUGGAUCAGGGAGCCGGCCAGGCCUUGCUCAGGGCUCUGCAGUCCCCGGCGCUGGGCCUUCGAGGGGUGCAGCAGCAGAACUGCGACUGGUACCUCAAACAGCUCCUGAGUGACAGACAGCAGAAGAGACAGGCUGGUCAGACUGACCCCUUGUUGAAGGAGGAGCUGCAGGCUGGAGUGGACGCUGCCAACAAUGCCGCCCAGCAGUACCAGAGAAGGCUGGCAGCAGUGGCCGCAAUUAAUGCUGCCAUCCAGAAGGGUGUUGCCGAGAAGACUAUUCUGGAGCUCAUGAACCCCGAAGCCCAGCUGCCCCAGGUGUAUCCAUUCGCCGCCGAGCUUUAUCAGAAAGAGCUGGCGACCCUGCAGCAGCAGAGCCCUCACCAUAGCCUCACCCACCCCGAGCUCUCCGUGGCUGUGGAAAUGCUGUCAUCAGUGGCCCUCAUCAACAGGGCCCUGGAGUCAGGAGACAUGAACACAGUGUGGAAACAGUUGAGCAGUUCAGUCACAGGCCUGACCAACAUCGAAGAAGAAAACUGUCAGAGGUAUCUGGAUGAGUUGCUGAAGCUGAAAGCUCAGGCACAUGCGGAUAAUAACGAAUUUAUUACGUGGAACGACAUCCAGGCGUGUGUGGACCACGUGAACCUGGUGGUGCAGGAGGAACACGAGAGGAUUUUAGCCAUCGGGUUAAUCAAUGAAUCCCUGGAUGAAGGUGAUGCACAGAAGACUCUGCAGGCCCUGCAGAUUCCUGCAGCUAAACUGGAGGGCGUGCUGGCAGAAGUGGCCCAGCAUUACCAAGACACACUGAUCCGAGCCAAGAGAGAGAAAGCCCAGGAAACCCAGGAUGAGUCAGCUGUGUUAUGGUUGGAUGAAAUUCAGGGUGCAAUCUGGCAGUCCAACAAAGACACCCAAGAAGCACAGAGGUUUGCCUUAGGGAUCUUUGCCAUUAAUGAGGCCGUAGCCAGUGGUAAUGUUGUCAAAACACUGAGUGCCCUUCGUUCCCCUGACGUCGGCUUGUACGGAGUCAUCCCUGAGUGUGGUGAAACUUACCAGAGUGACCUUGCUGAAGCCAAAAAGAAAAGGCUGGCAGGAGGAGAUAAUAACAGCAAAUGGGUGAAACACUGGGUGAAAGGUGGAUAUUAUUAUUACCACAAUCUGGAGACUCAAAAAGGAGGAUGGGAUGAACCCCCAGGCUUUGUGCAAAAUUCUGUGCAGCUUUCUCGGGAGGAGAUCCAGAGCUCCAUUUCUGGGGUGACUGCUGCGUAUAACCGAGAGCAGCUUUGGCUGGCCAAUGAAGGCUUGAUCACCAAGCUGCAGGCUUGCUGCCGGGGAUACUUAGUCCGACAGGAAUUCCGAUCCAGGAUGAACUUCCUAAAGAAACAACUUCCUGCCAUCACCUGCAUUCAGUCGCAGUGGAGAGGAUACAAGCAGAAGAAGGCAUACCAAGAUCGUUUGGCGUACCUGCGCUCCCAUAAAGAUGAGGUUGUAAAGCUUCAGUCCCUGGCGAGGAUGCAUCAAGCUCGAAAGCGCUACAGAGAUCGCCUGCAGUAUUUCCGAGACCAUAUAAAUGACAUUGUCAAAAUCCAGGCUUUUAUUCGGGCAAACAAAGCUCGUGAUGACUACAAGACUCUCAUCAACGCUGAGGAUCCUCCAAUGAUUGUGGUCCGGAAAUUUGUCCACCUGCUCGACCAAAGUGACCAGGAUUUUCAGGAGGAGUUGGAUCUUAUGAAGAUGCGGGAAGAGGUCAUUACCCUCAUUCGUUCCAACCAACAGCUGGAGAAUGACCUCAAUCUCAUGGAUAUCAAAAUUGGAUUGCUAGUGAAAAAUAAAAUCACACUGCAGGAUGUGGUUUCCCACAGUAAAAAACUUACCAAAAAAAAUAAGGAACAAUUGUCUGAUAUGAUGAUGCUAAAUAAACAGAAAGGCGGUCUCAAAGCUCUGAGCAAGGAGAAGAGGGAGAAGCUGGAAGCUUAUCAACACUUGUUUUAUUUACUGCAAACCAACCCCACCUAUCUGGCCAAGCUGAUUUUUCAGAUGCCCCAGAACAAGUCCACCAAGUUCAUGGACUCUGUGAUCUUCACCCUCUACAACUAUGCGUCCAACCAGCGAGAGGAGUACCUGCUCCUGCGGCUCUUUAAGACCGCGCUCCAGGAGGAGAUCAAGUCAAAAGUAGACCAGAUUCAAGAGAUUGUGACAGGAAAUCCUACAGUUAUUAAGAUGGUUGUAAGUUUCAACCGUGGUGCCCGGGGCCAGAAUGCCCUGAGGCAGAUCUUGGCCCCAGUGGUGAAGGAGAUCAUGGAUGACAAAUCUCUCAACAUCAAAACUGACCCCGUGGAUAUUUACAAAUCGUGGGUUAAUCAGAUGGAGUCCCAAACAGGAGAGGCAAGCAAACUCCCCUAUGAUGUGACCCCAGAGCAGGCUCUGGCUCAUGAAGAGGUCAGGACACGGCUAGACAACUCCAUCAGGAACAUGCGGGCUGUGACAGACAAGUUCCUCUCUGCCAUCGUCAGCUCUGUGGACAAAAUUCCCUACGGGAUGCGCUUCAUUGCCAAAGUGCUAAAGGACUCGCUGCAUGAGAAGUUCCCCGAUGCUGGUGAGGAUGAGCUGCUGAAGAUUUUUGGUAACUUGCUUUACUAUCGAUACAUGAAUCCGGCCAUUGUUGCUCCCGACGCGUUCGACAUCAUUGACCUGUCGGCAGGGGGCCAGCUUACCACAGACCAGCGCCGCAAUCUUGGCUCCAUUGCAAAGAUGCUCCAGCAUGCAGCUUCCAAUAAGAUGUUUCUGGGAGAUAAUGCUCACUUAAGCAUCAUUAAUGAGUACCUUUCCCAGUCCUACCAGAAGUUCAGACGGUUUUUCCAAGCUGCCUGUGAUGUCCCAGAGCUUCAGGAUAAAUUUAACGUGGAUGAGUACUCUGAUCUAGUGACCCUCACCAAACCAGUGAUCUACAUUUCCAUUGGUGAAAUCAUCAACACCCACACACUGCUGCUGGAUCACCAGGACGCCAUUGCUCCGGAGCACAACGAUCCAAUCCACGAGCUGCUGGACGACCUUGGCGAGGUGCCCACCAUCGAAUCCCUGAUAGGAGAAAGCGCUGGCAGUUUAAAUGACCCAAAUAAGGAGGCGCUGGCUAAGACAGAAGUGUCUCUCACACUGACCAACAAGUUUGAUGUACCUGGGAGUGAGAAUGCAGAAAUGGAUGCUCGAACCAUCUUACUGAACACAAAACGUUUAAUUGUGGAUGUCAUCCGGUUCCAGCCAGGAGAGACCUUGACUGAAAUCCUAGAAACACCAGCCACCAGUGAACAGGAAGCGGAACAUCAGAGGGCCAUGCAGAGACGUGCUAUCCGUGACGCCAAAACUCCUGACAAGAUGAAAAAGUCAAAAUUUAUUAAGGAAGACAGCAACCUCACUCUUCAGGAGAAGAAGGAAAAGAUCCAGUUGGGCUUGAAGAAGCUAACAGAACUUGGGACCGUGGAUCCGAAGAACAGAUACCAGGAGCUGAUCAAUGACAUUGCCAGGGAUAUUCGAAAUCAGAGAAGAUACCGACAGAGGAGAAAGGCCGAGCUGGUGAAACUGCAGCAGACGUAUGCUGCCCUGAACUCCAAGGCCACCUUUUACGGAGAGCAGGUGGAUUACUAUAAAAGCUAUAUCAAAACCUGCUUGGACAACUUAGCCAGCAAGGGCAAAGUCUCCAAAAAGCCUAGGGAAAUGAAAGGAAAGAAAAGCAAAAAGAUUUCUCUGAAAUAUACAGCAGCAAGACUACAUGAAAAAGGAGUUCUUCUGGAAAUUGAGGACCUACAAGGGAAUCAGUUUAAAAAUGUUAUCUUUGAAAUCAGUCCAACAGAAGAAGUUGGCGACUUUGAAGUGAAAGCCAAAUUCAUGGGAGUUCAGAUGGAGACGUUUAUGUUACAUUAUCAGGACCUGCUGCAGCUACAGUAUGAAGGAGUUGCCGUCAUGAAAUUAUUCGAUAGAGCGAAAGUAAAUGUCAACCUUCUGAUCUUCCUUCUGAACAAGAAGUUCUACGGGAAGUAACUGGUCAUUUGCUGCCAGCCCAGGAGGAUAAAGGAAAAGAACGCUUCACGGUUACCUACCUAGGGCCCCUCUUUAUCCACUGGAAGCAAAGACCCAGCCCACACGGUGCCUCAAUUUGAUACACUCCCAAAGCCACAUUUAAACUCCUCCCUCUCUGACUGGACCUUGGUAGCCUUUUUUUCCUACUGAAAUCGUAUUUCAGGCUUAGUCUGACCCCUCUCGUUCCUUCAUUUUCUUCUGUCCCUUAGGAAGGAGUGGGAUUUGACUAGCGUCUCUCUGUGUGGUUAUGGGCUGAGAAGUUGCAUUACUGCAUUGUAAGCUUUCGUGUUUUAAUCAGCAAUAGGGACGGUGGGAUUGGAAUGCAUGUUGUUUAGAAGUGGAAGCUGUUUGCACCCAGGUUACCUGUAGUUACUAAGUUAUCAUUUAAAAGGGAAGUUUCUUUAUAUUUUCGUCCCAUUGUGAAAUGGAAGGAUACAGGGCUAUUGGUUCUCUUCCAUUCUGAUUUUCUUUAUGGGCAGGAGCCUAACAGAAGUCACUGUUCUCUGUUCAAAGGAAGCAUUUCUAGAAAAGGUAGAGGUAUUGUUUUUAAAUUUGGACAAUUCUGUUAGUGUAAGGCUCUUGUCAGUAGAUGGGAGAGUCCCAUUGAUCAAAUUCAGCUAUUUAGGUAACUUUAGAAUGGUCUGAGUCGUCCCCCGGGUUUGGGACGCCUGCUUGCUUGUGUCGGUGAACAGGGAUUGACUAGAUUCAGGUAGGCAAGCUAUGCCGUCCCUGUGGAAAACGAAUGGGUUAGCCAGCAUAGGAUGUAAUUUUUUCAUAGCUGUUUUAUAUCUUAAGAGUGCCUUAUUAAAAUGUAGAUUUAUUUCUUAAAAUGUGGGUGAUAGAAGUUUUAAAGAUUUAUAUAAUGCUUCAAAGCCUUUAGAAUACUAUAAGAAAAGGUUUUUAAAAAUUGGCUUAUCUGUAUAUCUGAACCCUUAAAACUUACAGCUAAAACACUAGGAUUUAUUUGCAGGGUUGCAGAGAGAUAAUCCUGCCUUAAAUAGACUGAAACAAAAAGAAACAAAACCACCCGACCAAUGUUACACAUGACAUUCAAAUCUGUUUUUCCCCUUUUUAUCUCUUUUCUCUUGCUGCCCACACUGUGCUUUUAUUUUAUGAACUCUAGUUUUCUUGGUUUAGUCAAAAAACAAUUCAAUUCUAAAUAUUGAAUUUUUAGAAGGUUUUUAUUCUUAGAUAAAAACUCGUAUUAUUUUUUAAAAACAUUUGUUUAGGUAAACAUACAGAAAUCAUGCUCCUGAGCCUCCAUUUUCUCUGAUUGGUUCAGUAUUCUUUUAUCAUAAAACAUAAAACUUAAAGUAAACUAACAUUUAGAAAUUUACCGAUGUAUAUUUAAAUCCAAUAAACUGUUUUCUUAAUACGAAAUUAUGUGAUGUGUCCCUAUUACAACUGUAAGUCUUGGAGACGUGUUUUUCAUGGUAGACUGUUUACUCAGUGAGGUCCUUGGGUACAAAUGUAAGUUGUAUGAUUCUUUAUACACUCUAGGCAGCCCUCAGGCCAUGGAAGAGGUGUCUACUACCUUGUGUUUUUGUUGUAUUUUGGAUAAUUUUUUAGUAAAUAUUUUCCUCAGAUUAAAAAAAGAUGCUAUUACAAGUAGCAUCACCUCAAAACCUGGGACCAGCCAAAGUGUCAACCUGUUUACCUGCAAGGAGGAUGCCCAUCCCAAAAGCCUGUCAGGCUCCCUAGGCCACAUCCAGGAGAGACAAUGAACCAAGUUUACAACUUGAAUAAAAUGUGAUGUUUCAGUUCUUUGUAAGGAUUAUAGUUCCCUUGACACAACUUUUAAUGCAGGAUAGCACCAAAUGCCCUUCAGGGGUUUUGAUUGUAACUAUACGUAGAAUUAUUAUUUUAAUAGCAUUGAAAGGAAUGGAUGAACUCAAGUGGCAUUGAAACCGAGUAGCUCUUAAUACUUUUAUUUAUUAGCUGUAGUAUUCUCUGUCUCAUCUCUCUCCUCCUUUGACCUUCUCUUCCACCAGCCAUCAUGACAUUUCCCAUGAAUUUACUUCCUCCCAAGAAUUUGGACUGCCCAUCAGAUUGAUGCACCAUACAAUUACCUUUGUAUCUCUAUGAAAUAAAAGGUCAUUUGUUGA